AUGAAGAAAUUUACAGUGACUCACCUGAAAGAUCUUCUAAAUCCCUUUUCCGGUAUUGGAAAACUCUUCCAAUUCGCUACAACGACUGAAAAGUGUGUAAUUGUGGCAAUGAUUUGCUUAACACUUGUGUCUUCCUUUGGCGAACCGUGUUCCGUUGUAAUAUACUCCGAAAUCACGGGUUUAAUGGUGGAUCGCUUGAAUUCGAACAGCACAAAAACCAGUGUUUUCUUGCUGAAUCUUUUCGGAGGCGGAAGACAUUUAGAGAACGGAACUGAGGCUGAUCGUAACUCAGCACUUAGAGAAGACGCUUGGGCGACUUUAUUCACUAGUUCUCUCGUGGCUGGCCUUAUGGUCGUCAUCAUGUCAAUUGUGGUGUACACAAUGAAUCUCAUAGCCCUCAAGCAGACGAUGAGAAUCCGCAGGAUGUUCCUGAGAUCCAUGCUGAGUCAGGACAUGACUUGGUUCGAUGCCAACUACACUUUGGACUUGGCCAGCAAAAUUACAAGCAAUCUCGAUCUUAUUCGAGACGCCAUUGGCGAAAAGAUCGUCACAGUGUUUUUGCUCGUUUGUUCCUUUGUUAUUCAAGUAAUAAUGUGCUUCAUAAUGGGAUGGGAAUUAACACUUGCCGUUGCCGGUAUUUAUACAGUGUCGAUGAUUGGUUUUUCGGUCUUCGCGGGAAAGCAGGAAAUUCGCCACAGUGAGAAGGAACUCCAGAGCCAUUCAGAGGCAGGAUCAAUUGCUGAAGAAGUGUUCAGUUCCAUUCGCACUGUUGUGGCAUUUGGUGGGGAGGAGAAAGAAACUCAAAGGUAUGCAGAAAGCCUUGAAAAUGCCGAAAAGUCGAGUCUUUGCAAGUAUUUUUACAUUGGACUGCAGAAUUCGAUCAUGUGGUCUCUCGCUCUCGGUUGGUUUGGGCUCGCUUACUACUUAGGCUUUCAUUUGAUGGUGCGAGACUUUGCGCUGCCAGAAGAAGAGCGAACGUACAAUGUUAUCACCCUUGUGGCCAUAGUCUUUGCCAUGAUAAAUGGAUCGCAAUUUAUUGCAAUGACUGUGCCAAGCCUGGAAGCAAUUAUGUACGCAGCAGGAGCGCUGAAGAACAUAUGUAGAUUGAUUGACCAGAAGUCUACAAUUGAUCCAUUCAACACCGAUGGGAAGACAAUCAAUAAUCUGGAAGGAAAUGUUGAGUUUAGGAGCGUCAUUUUCAACUACCCAGCAAGAAAAGACACAUUGGUGAUCAAAGAAGUUGAUUUUACAGCCAACACUGGACAAACUGUCGCCUUGGUUGGCCAAUCUGGAUCUGGGAAGUCAACGUGUCUUCAACUCCUGCAGCGGCUCUACGAUCCCACCGAAGGAUCGGUCUCGAUCGACGGCGUGAACAUCAAGGAUCUCAACAUCGGCUUCCUGCGCUCGCAGAUUGGCGUCGUGGGCCAGGAGCCCGUGCUCUUCUCCGCCACCAUCGCCGAGAACAUCCGCUUCGGCUGCCCGGAAGCCACGCAGGAGCAGAUCGAGGAGGCGGCCAGGAUCGCCAACUGCCACAGCUUCGUGGAGAAGCUGCCGCAGGGCUACGAGACGAUGCUGGGCGAGAACGGGGCGCAGCUGUCGGGCGGACAGAAGCAGAGGAUCGCCAUCGCGCGCGCCAUGGUGAGGAAUCCCAAGAUCCUGCUCCUGGACGAGGCCACGUCCGCCCUGGACACCACAUCGGAGAGAAUCGUGCAGAAGGCGCUGGACAAAGCCUCCGAAGGACGAACAACUCUCGUCGUUUCCCACAGACUUUCCACAAUUCGAAACGCUGACAAAAUCUUGGUUUUCGAUCAGGGAAGAAUUGUGGAACGAGGAAAUCAUGAUGAAUUGGUGGAAAUUAGAGGAAUCUACUAUAAUUUGUGGAUGACAGGUCUAGCCUUUGGGAAUCCCGAUGAAGAUCAAAUCUCUGCAAAUGAUCACGAUCAGAAAGAUCAGAAACCAAAGGAAUCAAUUGAAUUAACUCCAGAGAAUACUUCACAUCAGGAUAACAGGGAACAUUUAUCCACUGAGGACGACAAAGAAAGAGAAAACAUGAGUAAAAUUAUAAGGAUAAGUCUGAGAGACUGGAAAUUACUCGUUGCAGGAUGCGUCUCUGCCUUUAUUAUUGGCUCCGCACUGCCUUUAAGUGGUAUUAUUUAUGGCAAAUACUUCGAAGCUUUCAAGACAGAAAAUCCGGAAGAAAUUUUAGCCGUUGCCCUAAAAUACACCAUUUACUGUCUUAUAAUAGCAAUUAUGGGUGGAAUUGCUGCAUAUUUCCAAACUUACUGCUUCGGAAAAGCCGGUCUUCGGCUGACAUCCUUGCUGAGAGUGUUGUGCUUCCAGAAGGCAAUGAGGCAGGACAUCAGCUGGUACGAUGACUCCAACAACUCAGUUGGAGCUCUCUCGGCCAGACUUUCCACGGAUUGCGCCAACGUUCAAGGCGCCACAGGAGUGAGAAUUGGAGCAGUUAUGCAAGUUAUUUCUUCACUAUUCGUGGCAAUAAUUAUUGGGCUGAUCUUCAUGUGGAAAGUGGCAUUAGUCAGUAGUGUUGCACUUCCUCUCCUAUGCUUCCUGGCGGUGUUUGAGACUCGAUAUGCCAGAUCAAGUGUCGCAAAUGAGAGGAAAGCGUUGGAAAAUGCUUCAAGAACUGCCGUGGAAGCGAUUACAAACAUUCGCACAGUUGCUGGCUUGGGUCUGGAGAAACACAUUCUCAAGAGAUUUGACAAAGAAAUUGAGAUUGCAGAAGUAAAAGCGAGGCAAAGCACAAGAUUCAGAGGAGCGACUUAUGGUUUGAAUGUGUCAAUAAAUAUCUUUUGCUAUGGAUUUUCAUUUCUAUACGCUGGAAUAUUGUCAUCUCAAGAAGAAGUCGACUAUGUCAAUGUAUUUUUGGUUAUCGAGACAAUUACAUUUGUGGGUUGGAUGAUGGGUGCCACUUUGAAUACAGCGCCUAAUUUGAGCCUGGCUGUCAUGUCAGCUAAAAACAUUUUUAAAUUUCUUGAAACUCCAACAACUUCCAGUGAGUUAACAUAUUAUUCAUCAUUUUCUUCAAGUGACGACUAAUUGAAUAAAUCAUUCUAGCUUUCAUCGAGUGCAAUUUCGUAUGACAACGUAGAAUUUCGUUACCCAACUCGGCCUGAAACUCAAGUCCUGAAAGGACUGAGUCUCCAGAUUCCGCAGGGAAAGACAGUGGCUCUGGUCGGGCCGUCGGGAUGCGGAAAGUCGACUUGCAUUCAACUCUUGCUCCGCUUCUACGAUCCAGAAUCGGGCAGAGUGAAGCUGGACGGAACGCCGAUCAGCGAGUUCUCCCUGGGACGCCUGCGAUCCUACCUGGGCCUGGUUUCCCAGGAGCCUGUGCUCUUCGAUCGCACCAUCGCCGAGAACAUCGCCUACGGAGACAACUCGCGCGAAGUGCCCAUGGACGAGAUCAUCCAGGCGGCGAAAGAGGCUCAAAUCCACUCGGAGUUCGUCUCCAAACUCCCUCUGGGUUAUGAGACUCCUUUGGGAUCGAGAGGGACGCAAUUGUCUGGCGGACAGAAGCAGAGAAUCGCCAUCGCGCGAGCUCUGGUGCGCAAGCCGAAGAUUCUGCUCCUGGACGAGGCGACUUCGGCUCUGGACGCGGAGAGCGAGAAGACGGUCCAGAGCGCCCUGGACAAGGCCAGCGAGAACCGAACCUGCAUCGUGAUCGCGCACAGAUUGUCGACAAUCCGGAACGCGGAUCUCAUUUACGUCUUCGAUCGCGGACAAAUCGCCGAGAUGGGAAAUCAUCAUGACCUCAUGAACCUUGAUGGACUUUAUGCGAAAUUAUAUAAAUCCUCAUAUUAAAAAUUGCGAAGGUCAGUCAAACUUU